AUGAGCGCUACCAAAGAUGUUCGCGUAGUCGUCGGAGUGGAUUUUGGGACAACAUUCUCUGGCUUCUCGGUUGGUCAUAUCCGUCGUCCUAAAGAUGUCGAAACUUAUAUGAAAUGGUCAAAUAUAUAUGAACGUAGCGACUUUUUUGCGCCAUUGGGCAGAUUAACCCGAGCAAACUCGCACAAAAUCCCCACCGUCCUCGUUUAUGAUAAAGAUUUCAAAGUUGUUCAGUGGGGGAAUUCGGCUGCAGAUUGCGUUGAAGACUAUGGGAGCAGUUUGUCGAGUGACGAUUAUUGUGUUGUGGAAUGCUUCAAAUUGUGUCUUUCUGAUACCUGCCCGACAGCACGCAAACCUUUGCUGCCCGAUGGAUUGAGUUACCGUAAAGCUAUAACAGAUUUUCUCAAGGAAAUGCAGAAAAAAGUUGAAACACAUAUCAAGUCUCGAUGGGGGAGUGCUACCGAUAUUGGCAAACAUGUUUUGUUCGUCUUUACAUUACCGGUGGAAUGGAAUCACAAGGCGAAAGAUAUAAUGACCAGGUGUGCAGUUGACGCUGGUCUGGUACAAAAAGGGAUGGAGAAUGCGAUGUUUAUAUCCGAACCGGAGGCUGCUGCCGUGUAUUGUCACGAAUUAAUGGAUCAGUAUGAUCUCACAGAAGGCAGCACUUUCAUGAUCGUUGACGGUGGCGGCGGCACGGUUGAUAUUACUACACGAAAGUUGCUAACAGAUAAACAACUGGGCGAAGUUGCACAGUCGAUGGGUAAUUACUGCGGUAGCACUUCUGUAGACGAUGAAUUCAUCAACCAGGUGGCCGAGCGACUUGGAAUCACUCGCGACAGGAUGGCCGAAUUACGCAAAAUACAUGCGCGUAGAUUCAUGUAUUUGAUUCAAAAUUUCUUUUGCCCCAUCAAGUUUAAUUUUAAUGAGCGUAGUGAGUACGUAAACAAUCGCAUAAGUAUGAGGGCUUAUGAUUUUCUAAAGGCAGAAGCGAGCGCCGAAAAGAAAGCACUGCUCGAGCCUCUCAACUGGCUAUUUGAAUUCACUUAUGAUGAUAUCAAGACGAUGUUUGAACCGUCAAUUCAAGCAAUUAUUGACUUGAUAAGAAAACAGUUGAAAGCAUCAAGCGACCGUUGUUCGGCAAUGUUCCUAGUCGGUGGAUACAGCCAAUCGCCCUAUCUCAUGGAACGUGUCAAACAAACAUUUGGCUACGAAGUUGAUAUAAUCGCUUCUCCUAUUAACCCGAUUGCGGCGAUUCAACGGGGUGCAACUUUAUACGGUUUAAGUAUUGAGGAUGACCACGAAUCAGAUUUGUUCGGUUUCAGUAAAACCGUCAAGACACGUGUGCUCAAUUAUUCAUAUGGCACAAACAUUGAAAUACCAUUUGCCAAAGACGACCCACCAGAACGUAAGACGGAACGCAACACGAUUAUUAAAUUCUCGAUUUUGGCCCGCCGUGGAGACUCGGUUCGACCUAACCAGACUUUUAGUGAAGUUUAUUAUCCAUCCAACGCACGACAGACGAAAAUGAGCGUGAAUAUUUACGCGUCGCGGGAUUAUGAUCCCGAAUAUGUAGACGAUGAAGGUGUAAGCCUAAUAAGAGAAUGGAUUAUUGAUUUGCCCGACAAACACUUGGGUAAAGACCGACCAAUAGAGCUGUCGUUGACUUUUGGAAAUUACGAAACAAAAGUCAACGCUAAAAACCCAAGGACUAACACAGAAUGUAGCGUAACUUUCAAAUGUUUCGAAUUCGGCGUGUAG